GGGCGGGACGUUUUCAAAAUUGAUCCUCGCUCUCGGCGCUUGACGUUGUCAAAUCUCACAUAAAGGCAGUCCCAGUAUAGAAAUGUCUUCAAAAAUCCCCAGAGGCACGCAGUUACCUGUAGAGACGAAGAAAACUGGUCAUAGGUUUGAAUCCAGGGACACAGCAACUGCAUCUGCAACAGCAAGUGCUGCCCAAAAAUCAGAUGGUGUCCUUAGACCACAAAAGGAAAAUGUGCAGAGGAAAAAUGUUGCUCCUAAAGUUCACAAAGUGGUCUCCACCAGGUACGGUCAACAGGUGGAGCUCAAGGAACAAAAUCAGCAUUUGACAACAGUCAAUGAGGAGCUGCAGAAAAACCUCACAGAGACACAGCAAAGAUUAGCAGAGUUGGAGUUAGAGUUCACUGACUUGGAAAAGGAAAAUGCACAAGCACAGAAAAAUCUGAAGGACUGCCACAUUCUUCUUGUCACGGCAAAAAUAGACCCAGUUUUAGGAGGGAAGGUUGGAGAAGAUGCUCAACAAAAUGAAGACCAAAGGAAAGAAGCUAUGAGCGUCUCCGCAGACCUGCUGAAAGAAUUAAGGACGUUCGGUGAUGUUGCGUCACAGCAACGUGCUCGGCUAGAGGAAAUCCAGACGAUGAUGAAAAACCUCACUAAGGCGAGAGAACAUAUGAUGCAGGAGAGGGAGAGCUUCUCCUUGGACACGGCUGAAAUGGAGGAAGCUCUAAAGGAAGCUGAGGCUCUCCUAUUGUGAACAAAUGUACAAUAAUCUCUGAAUGUAAAACGAGUUUAUAAUGUAUAUUAUAGUAAUCUUUAAUGUUUAUUUUAGUGUUGGACUGACUUUAAGUAAAUAAACUCUUCAUUUUUUUUUCCCAUAAAAACCUUUGUAUUCCCCUAAAAUGUACUUCAUCUUAGUAGUUCCCAAACCCUGGGUCGGGACCCACAGAUGAAUCGGGUGAGAUAUCUUUGGGGUCCAUAAACAAAUUUUAACAACUGUUAACUUAUGGUUUAUGUCAAUAUAUUUUAAUAACAAACUUAAAAUUAAGUUUUAAGUAAUUAUUUUAUUAAAAUUAAAAUUUGCUUAAUUUUACUUUAUAGUGUGAUUCUAAAUGUGUGUUGCAGAUUUACUUUCGGAACGUUUGUUUUGGUAGUAGACUGCAAUAAAAAAUUCUGUAGCAACUGUUAUACAA